AUGGCUUUUGAAAUCCAGUGGGAUCACCAAUUCUGUCUUGCCUGUGACAGGCAGACGGAUGGUGCAACCUACUGCUCAGAAUCAUGCCGCCUGGCCGACUACGAGAAGACGUCCCCCUCCUCGUCCACACCCAACUCGGGUGCCAGCUCUCCAGCUCUGGCCGGUCCUUCCUACGCCUGGGGCUUCUCGAACAUGACUUCGAGCACCUCAUCAUUGUACCAGUCACACGGUUUCGACUCCUCUGCCUCUCCACUCUACCAGUCGUACCAACAGCGCUCAGCGAACCCGGCGCCCGGCCAGACCCUUUCGCCAUCCAGCUCACACGCAAGCCUCUCGUCUAUGGGCAGCAACGCGGCUAAGAACAACGAGGCCUACCAGCUCUCAGAAAAGGCCAGGAGGGAACUCCAAGCGUACGCCAGCUCUUUUGAGCAAGUGAGGCUGCAGCGAAGGAGGUCACAAUAA